GAUGGGUAGAUCGUGACGUCACGCGGCUAAAUGUAGCUCUAUUCGAAACUGACGAUGGAGUAGAUACUUUUAGCCUUGUAUCCUUGUUUUAUUCUGUUAUUCCUCCUCCGUUUUAUGUUUGAUGAAUUCUUAAGGAUAUUUUACGUGUCCUGGAUGGACGUUGGUAGCUGAGAAGAAUCAUGUUUAAGUGUAUUCCGUUAUUCAAAGCCUGCAAUCGUCAGGUCGAAUAUAUUGAUAGGCGACACUGCAAUCUAACCGAUGUUCCAGACGAUGUUUUGAGAUACACUCGUAGUUUGGAAGAAUUACUUUUAGAUGCAAAUCAGCUUAAGGACCUUCCUAAGGGAUUUUUUCGCUUGGUACAGUUGAAGAAAUUGAGUUUAAGCGACAAUGAAAUCUGUCGAUUAUCUUCUGAUGUGGCCAGUUUUACCAACCUCAUGGAGAUGGAUGUCAGCAGAAAUGACAUCUGUGACAUUCCAGAAAAUAUCCGAUUCUGUAAGAAUCUUCAGGUCCUUGAUAUCAGCAGUAACCCUUUCUCAAGACUACCCAAUGGCUUUACACAGCUUCGAAACUUGACACAUUUGGGACUCAAUGACGUCUUGCUUGAGCGACUCCCUCAUGAUUUUGGCAGUUUAACAGGACUAAUCUCCCUUGAGUUGAGGGACAACAAUAUUAAAACCCUUCCACAGUCUAUGUCGCUCCUGUGCAAACUUGAAAUCCUUGAUCUCGGCAGCAAUGAAAUUGAGGAAUUGCCUGCUAUCAUUGGGUCCCUCUCCAGUCUACAGGAACUAUGGUUGGACUGUAAUGAACUUGCUGAACUCCCACCGGAAAUCGGGAACUUGAAAAAGCUGACACAGAUUGAUGUCUCUGAGAACCAACUCGACUACCUACCCGAGGAGAUUGAUGGACUUUGUAAUCUCACUGACCUGGCAUUGUCACAGAACAAUCUAGAAUCACUUCCUGAGGGCAUAGGAAAUCUGAAGAAACUGUCCAUCCUGAAGGCCGAUCAGAACCGUCUGUUGGUGCUUACUCCGCAAAUUGGAAACUGUGAGAUGCUACAAGAAAUGAUCCUUACAGAAAACUUGUUAAACGAACUUCCAAUAACGAUUGGUCGUCUAAAGAACCUCUCCAAUUUUAAUGUGGAUAGAAACAAGCUUACAGAAAUCCCAGUUGAGAUUGGGCGGUGUUUGCGGCUAAAUGUGUUUUCCAUGCGCGACAAUCGACUUCUCCGUCUUCCUCAAGAACUGGGAAAUCUAAAGGAACUCCAUGUCUUGGACGUUUCUGGUAACAGACUAGAAUAUCUACCCAUCACAGUGGCUAAUCUCAACCUCAAGGCUCUGUGGUUGGCAGAAAACCAAGCCAAGCCAAUGCUCAAGUUUCAGACAGACUUUGAUGAGCGGACUGGACAACGUGUUCUUACCUGCUUUCUGCUGCCACAGCAGGAUUUCCACACAGAGAGCAUGGGUAGGUCAUUGCCUAAUAUGGUCAUGGUUCCGCCCCCAGUGGGCAGGUCAUUGCCAAAUAUGGUCAUGAAACCGCCCCCUGUGGAAUUUCACAGCUCUGAAAAUUUACUUCGAGGCAGUAUUGCUACAGAUGCAGAGAGCCAGAUAAUUGAAGAGACUUUGAAAAAUCCCCGAGAUAGUACCAUACAGUUUGAGGUUCCUGACUCGGACGGUGAUGAUGAUAGCAAUAGCAUCUUUGUGAGGCAUGACACUCCGCAUCCCAAGGAGCUGAAAGCACGCCACCCCAAGUUCAACAAGAAUAAGGUUCAGGGUAUUGAUGGGCAUGUGAUUCCACACCAACAGGAGAAGAAGGAUCAGGCAUUCAUGCCUGCGCGUGACCGCGACAGUGACUUCCUUUGGCAGCAGGAACAGGCAGAAGAACCAUCAGAACCGCGCGACAAGACGUCCAAACGUGUUCACAUUGGAGGAGAAGAGGAGGUGGUACCAGAUGAACCCAUCAAAGAAACUGUACCCCCUGUUAUCAAAGCUCCAGAACUGGUUGGUCCACCUCGUCACGAGAGUCAAACCCAAGAGAUCAGCGAGGAGGAGGAAUCGCCGACAGAAACUGCUCCACUGAUCCGUGAGGUAACUGUGGCUGAGCCUGUGUUCAUUCCUGAAGAUCAUUAUAAUGGAGCGAUGGAAGAGGAGGAGGGAGAGGAUUCAGAAGAUGAACAGAGGAGUUUUGAGGAGUAUGAUUCUGAUGAUGACAAUAUUUACCGUCCACGAAAGGUUGGAUUCGACCCAGAGAUUGAAGAACACCCAGAUCGGAAGAUGGGACUUCGACGACGGGACACACCUCAUCACAGGAAAAACAAGCGCAUCAUACACAACGAGGAAACAAAAGAGAAGGUUCUGGAAAUUCUGGCUCAAGCUGCUGCUCAAAAGGAACAGACCGUGGCCCCCGUCAAACUGGAGCCAAUUGAGGGUCUCCGAUUACCAAGUGUCAACGACAGUCUCGGCGAUAAGAGACAGGAGGAGGAAUUCUCUAUUCACAUACUGCGGCAGAAGGGCCAAGGGCUGGGCAUUAGUAUCGCAGGAGGCAAGGGGUCUACUCCAUACAAAGGGGACGAUGAGAGUAUUUUCAUAUCCCGUGUGACAGAGGAAGGGCCUGCUGGAAAAGCCGGUGUACGGACAGGAGACAAACUAAUUUCGGUAAAUGGAGUGAACCUAGUCGAGGCUGAUCAUUAUGAUGCUGUGGAUGUGCUCAAGACUGCAGGCAACGAUAUCACUAUGGUUCUGAGUAGAGAGUUACCUGACCCAGAACCCGAGUCCAUAACACCAGAGGUCGCUCUAUCAGAAGCCUCGGAUGAUAAGAAGCCAGGAUUUGCCACAGUUACAUUUGAGCAAGCACCAGACACAGAGGUUUUCGGAGAGACAAUCAAGACAAUUUUGAGAAGAGACGAGAAUGGACUGGGAUUCAGUAUUGCUGGUGGCCGGGGGUCCGUACCAUUCAAGGGCAACGAUCAGCAAGUGUAUACCUUCCUCGAGGCUAUCUACAUUUCGCGGGUGACAGAGGGAGGUGCCGCAGCCAAGGACGGUAACCUCAAAGUCGGGGAUAGGAUAAUUUCGAUAAACAAUGUAGAUAUGCAGGAUGCCCGACACGAUCAAGCAGUGUCACUGCUGACAGGAGUAGAUAACUCUAUCAACCUUGUCGUGUAUCGGGAGAAAGUCAUUCCAAAGGAGGAGGCCAUUGUAAAUCCACCCAGUGGCGAGCGUCUCAAGACAAUGACUCAGCCCCUCAUCACGUGGAACGAAUCAUCUCCACCUGCUGAAAAAGAUGAUACAAUCAUUGUCAGCCAAUCGCCUGUGAUGACAGUGUCACCAUCACCAGGGUUACCAAGCCCUAGUCCGUACUCGUCAGCCAUCCCCUCCUCAUACACAUAUCCCAGUCCCCCUAGUGCCACUGUUUCCUCUGCAGACUACUCUGGUACACCCCCUCCUCUCCCUGAAGCCCCUCCCCCACCCGUUUCCCCUGACAGCAACACCGCUCCGUACAUGCCUCUCACCACCUCCCCAGCGGCUAGCCCUCGUAUCUCCAGUGAUUGGUCUUCCAAACCUACCACAGUGCAGCCGCCAAAAUUUGUGUAUCCGGGAUUUAACCGGAACUCACGGACUUCUGUGGAAGUUAAAAACAAAGACAAUGUUGAGGCCACAUCGCCCCCACUACCACCACCACCACCAUCACCUCCACACGAGGAAGUUCAAUCAUCUGUGUUAAAUUCAAAUCAUAGUCAAAGUGAGGCUGACACACCAGCUGAUCAAACAUUUACUGUGAGUCAUCAGAACUCUUGUGACAAUCUGCCAAAUGAUGUAUCGAGUAAGUUUCCUAUUGAGGAAGUAACAAUAGUUAAAGCGGGCGGCCCUCUUGGACUUUCUAUUGUUGGGGGCAGUGAUCAUGCCAGUCAUCCUUUUGGUCUAGACGAGCCGGGUAUAUUUGUAUCAAAAAUUGUUCCUGAUGGUGCUGCAUCUAAAACAGCGUUAAAAAUUGGUGAUAGGCUUUUAAUGGUAAAUGGUAAAGAUGUGACGGAGGUGACACACCAGGAGGCAGUCAUGCUUUUAAUAUCUCCGACGUAUGAAAUUAAUCUCCGUGUUCGGCACGACCCACCUCCAAGUGGUCUACAUGAAAUAAUUAUUUUUAAGCAGCCAGGCGAAAACUUAGGUAUGAGUAUUAAAGGCGGUGUAAAAAACUAUGCCCAAGGAUCAGGGGGGAAAGCGGACGAAGGAACAUUUAUAUCUCGGGCCAAGGGCUGCCCAAUGGGAAAUGAGUUUUUAAUGGUAAAUGGUAAAGAUGUGACGGAGGUGACACACCAGGAGGCAGUCAUGCUUUUAAUAUCUCCGACGUAUGAAAUUAAUCUCCGCGUUCGGCACGACCCACCUCCAAGUGGUCUACAUGAAAUAAUUAUUUUUAAGCAGCCAGGCGAAAACUUAGGUAUGAGUAUUAAAGGCGGUGUAAAAAACUAUGCCCAAGGAUCAGGGGGGAAAGCGGACGAAGGAACAUUUAUAUCUCGGAUACAUGAUCAUGGUGCUGUAAGUCGGGAUGGCAGACUGAAAACAGGACAGAGGAUUCUUGAGGUGAAUGGGCAGAGUCUUCUUGGCUCCACACACCAGGAGGCAGUACGGGCAUUGCGAAGUGUUGGGGACAAAAUGGUGAUCAUGGUGUGUGAUGGGGACGAUUCUUCAUUGUCGGAUGUCCAAUCGCCUGACUCACCAAAUGCCCCCAUGACAUUUAAGCCUUCCGAGUCGUCCAACCGUAACUCUGUAUCUAGUAUCGAUGUGGAGGAUGAAGAAUCAAUUAUCAUCAAAAAGGAGCAAGAUGCAAUUGAGGAAGCUCAACGCUGGGAAAAGGAGGAAGAGGAGUUGAGGAAUAAGCUGUUAAUGGAGCGAGAAGAAGCUUUGAAGGAUGAAAGUCAUCUGCCCGACGACAACCAGAAUACAGAAUUCUGCACCACUACACUAACCUCAGAAACUGUGAUGAAACAAGUGCCUCAGGAAAAGCCACCGGUCGCCAAAAAACCGGAUGUGGUGCCAGUGCCUGCUCCAAAGCCAGUAAUGCCACCCAAAAGGCCACCGGUGCCGCCAAAACCAAGCCAUAUUGUUCGGCAUGACGACAAGGCCUCGGCUAAUAUCGACCCGGUUAAACAAUCACGCUUACCAUCUGCUAGCAAGACGAAUGCCCAAAUAAAUGACCCACCAAGGUCCUUUUCUCAGAUGAAGAAUUAUUUUGAAAAAGAAAUGCAAGAAACGACAACUACCAACCAGCCUCCUUCCAAGCAGUUCAGCUACCUGUCAGAGCACGAGUUGGAGCGGAUGAAGAUGGAGGAAGAGAAAAAAGCCAACAGCAUGUCAAAAGAGGAGCUCCUGUCCAGUGUAACCGGCAAUGUAGGCAGUUCGUCACAAGAACAGGAGUACAACCAAGUGCUUUCCAGGCCAACUCCAUUUAAGUCGUCACUACUGUGGCCUCGGCCGUAUUCUCGUUUGCAGUUCAGUCCUAGCGGCAGUGUGGUGCGUACCGCAAAGGCCGAGAAACGUAUGCAAGACCGACUGGCAGCUGAAGGGUCAGUGGGACCCGCAGGUGACCCCGUCUCACCUGCAGAGGAACGCCAGCUUCAGGCGGAGAAAAGGGCAGCAUGGCGCAAAGCUAGGAUGAAGUCUUUAGAAGAUGAUGCCAUGAAAGCGCAGGCUGUGAUUGCCCGAGCAGAGGAGAUGCACCAUGAGCUCAAGUCUAGUGGAGAUGCUGAUAAAGCUGAUGGUCCAAUAAGUCAUAAUGGUGAACAGGUCGAGAUCACACAAAAAAAUAUCAUGGAGUUUAAUCUUGAGGACUCUGCAUCUGGCCGGCUAGGGGUCAGUGAGGGGUCAUAGGGCAGGAGGUCAUAGUUGAGAUGCGGUACCAGAGAGGUUCAGUAACAGUAUCUGUAUAUGUAGAUACUAACACCCCCAAAAGCAAAAGUGAGCAGCUCCCCGCCACAUGUACCAGACACACCCAUUCCUGAGCAGGAAGGUUGCAGGUUAACAUGUGUGCUGUGAGGACCGUCCCGUGUGUUCAGCCAAGACUUGGAGGUGGAAGCCAUAACCCGAUGGCGUAUGACGUCAUCAAAUCCUCACACUCAUUCUUUAUGAUACCAGAGUUAAUUUCACAGAAAUACAUCGCUUACAUUAUAGAAAUCAAUUGUUCUGGGAUUCCUCGAUGAAAGGUGGCAAUAAUUAUGCAGAAUGGAAUUUCAAUAAUAUUCCAAACCAAAGAUGUCAAUCUAUCUUGAUCAAAUUUUUCUCAAAUGAUUUGUUUGAUUAAGAAAAUGUCCAAACCUACGUAUGUUUAUCAUGUAGUGUCCAAUUCCGACAUCUGUUUAGGAGUCCUGAACAACUCUCCACUCUAGUCCAGGAGUGUAUUAUCAGGACAGGAUUCAACACUUAUCAUCAGGUUCUGGAGAAUCCGCGAGUGAUAUUGUGAGAUAUAACACUUCGGUAUGCAGAUUCUCAAUGGUUUGGCCCUUCUGGAUUCUGAUCAACAGAACCGUUGGGUCAUCCAUGGGAGCUGGCUCACACUGUCAGAUACCUAUAGGUACCUCAUACUGCGGAAAAGAGACAUUCGUGCAAUUUCUUACAAUGUUUAAAAGGAGUGAAAAUAUUAUAUUGAACAGACCUUUUGUGUGGGGUCUGUCUGUACAGAGUUAUAACAUGUGAUAAUAAUGGAUGGUUGAACUAGUAUUUUAAAGGGUUCUAUCAUCGUAAUCUAUUUUAACCAUAUAUUAUUAAAUUGUAGAUUAAUUUUAAGUUAUCAGCAUGAUAUAAUUUUUAACAAUUAUUUAGAGCUGUUGGUGUUUUAAGGUUAGAAUGAAUUUUAAUUUAAACACAGUAUAAGUUCAACCACCAUUUUACUGAAUUUGUAAAUUAUUUUAUGUUAUUAUGUAAUCUGAUUUGUAAUAUAAUUUAUAAACAUAUCUACAAUUUGGUGUUCAUUUGAGCUGAGAGAAACAUUUAUCUCUUAAGGUUUUAAAAUGUGGAUGGGAUGGCCGCCUCGUUUUAUCAGAAAAAUUGGACAGCAGAAAGCAGAAUCAUUUAAGGUCUUUCAUGGUUUCAGGUUUUAUAUGCUUUAGAAGUAUCAUUAUUAUUUGAUUUUUAUUCCCAGUAAAAUUUGCUAGUGUUUGCUUAUCAGCUUAUUUCUGAAAAGAUCAUUUUAUUACCCAUCCUCAAAUUAGGGAACUCCUCUCAUGGGCUUUGUGCAAGAGUAGAAUCGUUUUAUUAUCAUGGUUUUAAUAGGAACAAAAAUAUUUUAUUAGAUUUUAUUGAUAAUAAUGUGUAGUGUUUGUAUAAGUCUUUGGCAGGCCUUUUAGUAUCAGUAUUCAGCGAUUAUAUCCUUUGUGCAUCUUGUUUCAAUAUUUACUAAUUUUUUAUUGUUUAACCAUUUAUUUCAAAGCUGUUUAUUACAAAAUUUUCCCAAAUGCCGUUAUAUUUCGUAUUUAUAUUUUGUUUUAUGUUUUUGACGUAGCUGUUUUUUUUCACUAUGUCAGACCUGUCCUUGGACACAGAAACGGUGAGACAGACAUUUAAUCAUCCAACAGUAUAGACUUAAUUCUUUUUGUUGGGCUGUGGUGUAGAAGUUAGUUCCCUUUAUACGAGUGGGGCAAGAGUUAGUUCCCUUUACAGGAGUGGGGCAAGAGUUAGUUCCCUUUAUCUGAGUGGGGCAAGGGUUCUCUUUGUAAAUUGAUGAACUCAAAAGUCAAUUUUCUCAAUUAGCCAUUGAACGAGUUAGUUUCCCUUGUUAGAUGUGUGACAAGAGUUUAAUUCUCCGAUUAGUUGUGGGAGGAGUAAGUUCCCUUUGUUAGCUGCGGAACAAGAGUUUGAUAAUAGUGAUUAGUGUGGCACAAAAGUUGGUUCCCUUUGUUAGGGGCAGGACAAGAGAUAGCUCCCUUUGUUAAUGGUGGAACAUGAAUUAGUUCCCUUGGUUAAUAAAUACAUUCAGAUUCUUGCCACUUACUCAAAAAAAAAGAAGACUAUCUUCACAAGAAUUGACUCUUUUGUUUGAGUUCAACAUUAUAUAAUGUCAGCCUAAACUAAACAUUUGUGAUCUUGUGGGGGAAAAAAUGCAAAGAAAAAGUAUAAAAAUGUGUUAUCCACUUUGGUGUAUAUUUUAGUGACCCAGCACAUUUGUGUGUUAAUCUGGAAUUUAAGACAAGCAGAGUUAAUCUAUAAAUUGAGUGAAAACCUAAGUGUGAACUUUAGUUGCUAGUCAGAAAGUGUACUCCCAACCAUAAUCAAAUAACUUCUACAGUGUAGAGUGGGCUCCCCUCAGUUUUUAGCAGGAUUUAAGAUUCUGUUGAUCAGCCAGGGGUAGGAGCUUAUUCUCUUUGUUUAGAAGGAUAUAACAUUGUCUGUUAACUGUUGGUUGACGACUGGUGUAAUUGUUUUUCCAUUUGUAGUCUUUCUCCAUGGCUUGUGAUAUGUAAUUUUAUUGUUUGAAGAUAUUUGUUUUGAAGAGAUAGUAUUGUGAGUUUGGUUAUGAUGAACAGCUAGAAUACACAUUAAACAUAUCUAACAAGGCAUUUUCUUGGAUACAGUUUCUAAUUGUUUACAGCAAUUGUUUUAUGGUACUGGAAUGAUUUUAAGUUAAAUGCACUAUUAGUAUCCACUCUCAUCCCUCAGCUGUGAAUAGACUAGUUGAGUUAUGGGAGAUGCUAUCUUGUGUGUAGGGAGGAUAGGUGUAGUAUAUACCAUCAUUGUAGAUAUACUAGAGGUGUUUUCCAAUUGUGAUUGGCACUUAUUUACAUGUAUUAUGUGAUAGUCACAGAUGUGGCAACAAGCCUCGAGUAAAAGCAGUACCUAAUGUUGGAACAUGUUAUGUAUUUAACAAAUUAAUUUUGGUGUUAGAAAGUUACAACUUUAGGCAAACAACAAAAUAUCUCCUUAGCAUACCUGUCAACUGUCCAGUGGGUUACAUCAGAUAUUUCAGCUCAUUUAAAAAUUAUCGCUGUUUUCUCAAAAUAUUGAGAGACAUGACCAGACAUGAAAUGGCUACCUUCUUAUGUUUUUAAUGAUUUCAAUUCAGUACCAAGAGAGAUUUAUUGUCAUGCCACGAAUAUUCACCGUACUGUGAUUGGAGUCCUCAUGAUAUCAACUCAUUACACCAACAUACCACCAAGUAAUAGUAUUUAAUAAAGGCAGCCUGUAGCACUGACUUAUAAGUCUGUGCCAGUAGGUAGAUUGCUCAAUAUUUCUCCUUUGGUUUGUCAAACACAUAAUUACAUACAGAGUCAAUGCCCAUCACCAGAGAAAGACCAUUCAAAUGUUGACAGGUAUGCUACGGAGAUAAAUAUUUAAAAUAUUUUUAUUGAAGUGUACAGAUAUCAAUAGAAAUCAGUGUGUAUUAGUUAAUGUUGAAAAGAGGUUUAUUUCUGUUGAUUAUCAAACCUCUCAUCCCUCUAUAAAUCACAGGAAUGAACCAGUCCAGGUAAACCAGAGGGUAAAUAUAUUGCCGCCCCUCUGUUACCUGGAAUGGACUAGUCUGUGUAAAACAGGGGGUUUAUAUUACCACCCACUAAACUGCGGGUGAUACCAUUGCUACCCCUCUGAUCCCUAGAAUAAACCAGUCCAUGUAAACCAGAGGGUAAAAUUAUUGUCGCCUCCCUGUGACAUGGACCUGUUUAUAAUAUGUAAUUUGUGGGAGGCAGGGUUGAACAGGACUUUAUUUAAAUCAUCCAUACAGCCUCAUUCCACUGUUGUAACUGUGCCAGAUUUUAAGGAUGGGAUAUUUCUAAUAAAUUAAAAUUUCAGGAAUA